AUGGAAGUGGCAGCGCCCCUGAGGCAGGUGCUGCCCGCAGGAAUCCCAGAGCAGGAAGAUCUAGACCUAAAGGAAACCCCGGAAGGAUUGCCCCCUUCUAUCCUUAGGAUCAUACAGAGUAGUGAAUCCAUGAUUCAUCAACAGAGCACGUUAAUGACUGGCUUUGGACUUGACUUUCCGUCGAAGGCCAAUGGGCCGUUACUACGGCAAAUGAAACCUCCAGACUUUGUGGCUUAUAUGAGGAGAAGAAAACGUACUGUACAAUUAAUGACCAGCCUGAUAGUGCAGAGCCUGGGAUACUUUUGGACAUACCUGUAUUUUUCUCAAAAUAUUGCAUUUGCAAUGGACAGUGAAUAUACUCCUAUCGUUGGAACUUCAGGAUACUCACUUUGGGCCUCUUUGCUUUUUAGCCUAUCAGGAAGUUUUUCAAUAGCAUUGCAGAGGAGGCCUUCAAAUCACAUGCUGAUCUGGACUAUGACAAUGAACAUCUUAAGCAUCUUUGCAACACUAAUAGGUGUGUUUUUAAUAACACUUGAACUGAUGAUGACUUCAGGUAUACAAUCUUCUUUGUGGCAAUACAGAAGUGGUAGGAUGCUUACAGGAUAUCUCUUCCUGUUCACUGUCGUGGAGAUGUGUAUGGCAUGCAUAGUAACUGAGUGGACCUACAGAGCAAGACAAACAGAAGAUUAA